GCUAUUCUAAAAAGCAAGCAUUAUUUUUCUUUUAAUAUCGAACUUGAAACGUUUCUAUUUCAAAGAACAAAAAAGAUAUAAUUUUUGUUGAUUUUGACUGUACAAUAACGAAAUAUAUAACUACAUUCUCCCUUAUUUUAGUUUUACUUUUACUAAAUUUUAAAAAUGCCUUCCGAAACAUCGAUUUUUCAACCACCAGUAAAUAUAUCAAGAUGUUCUUAUAUAUGCAAUUUGGAAGAAUAUAAAAAAAUAUAUCUGGAAUCAAUUAAUGAACCAGAAAAGUUCUGGUCUAAAAUUGCUGAGCAAUUUCAUUGGGAAACAUCUUAUAACCAUAAAAGUUUUUUGAGUUAUAAUUUUGAUAUUUCCAAAGGGCCAAUUCAUAUUAAGUGGAUGGAAGGAGCUUCAACUAAUUUGUGUUACAACCUACUAGAUCGAAAUGUGAAAAAUGGACAUGCUGACAAAAUAGCAUUUUAUUGGGAAGGCAAUCAUCCAGAUGAUUAUUCAAAAGGUUUAACGUAUAGAAAACUUUUGGAAGAAGUGUGUCGAUUUGCAAAUGUGUUAAAGACUCAUGGAAUUGAAAAAGGUGAUCGCGUUUCAAUCUAUAUGCCUAUGAUUUUAGAGCUUCCAAUUGCAAUGUUGGCCUGCGCUCGAAUAGGUGCCGUUCAUUCAAUAGUUUUUGCGGGUUUUUCUUCUGACGCUUUAGCAGAACGUAUGGUUGACUGUAAAGCAAAAAUGCUCCUUACCGCUGAUGGAGUAUGGCGAGGCGAAAAACCAUUAUUCUUAAAAGCUUUGUGUGAUGAUGCAUUAUAUAAAGCUGAAAUAUUAGGACAUAAAGUAAAUAAAUGUAUAGUUGUGUCUCAUUUCAAACGCGUGUCAGAAUGUAGACAAGAUUUUCAAAGUCAAAAUAUUCCUUGGAAUGAAGAUAGAGAUUUCUGGUGGCACGAUGAAAUGGAAGACAAAGAGUCAGCCUGCUAUCCUGAAUGGAUGGCAGCUGAAGAUCCCUUAUUUAUGUUGUAUACUAGUGGGUCAACUGGGAAACCGAAGGGAGUCUUACAUACGACGGCAGGUUACUUGUUAUACGCAGCAACAACCUUUAAAUAUGUUUUUGAUUAUAAACCAAAUGACGUAUUUUGGUGUACGGCAGAUAUAGGUUGGAUUACUGGUCAUACUUAUGUUGUUUAUGGUCCUUUAUCAAACGGAGCAACUUCAGUAAUGUUUGAAGGAACACCCUUUUAUCCAGAUAAUGACAGAUAUUGGCAAAUAAUUGACAAAUAUCAUGUUAACCAAUUUUAUACGGCUCCAACAGCAAUUAGGGCCUUAAUGAAAUUCGGUGAAGAACCAGUAAAAAAGCACAGUCUUAACACUUUAAGGGUUUUGGGUAGCGUUGGUGAGCCUAUAAACCCAGAAGCUUGGAUGUGGUAUUAUAGAAAUAUUGGUAAGGAAAAAUGUUCUAUUGUAGAUACCUUUUGGCAAACAGAAACCGGUGGACAUGUUAUUACUCCACUUCCAGGCGCAACUCCAUUAAAACCGGGCUCAGCCACGUUACCAUUUUUUGGAGUUGAACCAAUCCUUUUAGAUGAUGGUGGUAAUGAAAUCCAGGGUGAAGGAGAAGGGUUUUUGGUUUUCUCGAGGCCUUGGCCAGGAAUAAUGAGAACUAUAUUUAAUAAUCACCCUCGUUUUGAAAGUACAUAUUUCUCAAAGUUUCCGGGAUAUUAUUGUACAGGAGAUGGCGCCAGACGUGAUACUGACGGAUAUUUCUGGAUAACUGGUCGAAUAGAUGACAUGUUAAAUGUCUCAGGUCAUUUGAUGUCUACUGCUGAAGUAGAAGCUGUUCUUACGGAACAUUCAAAGGUUUCAGAAGCAGCUGUUGUAUCCCGUCCGCAUCCAAUUAAAGGAGAAAGUUUAUACUGUUUUAUUAGCCCAAAUGCAGGCGAGAGCUUUGAUAGGAAAAUGAUUGACGAUCUGAAAAAACUUGUGAGGGAACGCAUUGGUCCGUUUGCGCAACCUGAUGUAAUUCAGUGUGCUCCCAAUUUGCCAAAAACCCGUUCUGGUAAAAUAAUGAGGAGAAUUUUAAGAAAAGUGGCUACUAAUGAUCGUGAUAUUGGUGAUACUUCAACACUUGCUGAUGAAAAUAUUGUUGAGGUUCUCUUCGCAAACAGACCUGAAAAUAUAUAAAUAUUUUAUAAAACAAAUUAGACAAAGUUCUAGCCUAGUUAAAUGAAAUGUUACAAAGAAAAGAAUAUUGGUACAUUUCAAAAUUUUGUGGUAGGUGUACUUUAAAGCGUGUUCCUCUUAAAAGCAAGAUAACUUACCCCUGACAUUAAAUUUAAAAAAAAAAAUUUUCGCUAUUUAUAUAUGUACACACAUUUUACAUUUUUAACAGAUUUCCUUUUUAUUUUAUUUUGGGUGUUCAUAUAAUAAAUACAUGUAUGUCUACUAUUCUUUCAAUAAAAUUGUUCUUUCAAUCAUUGCAAAUGUAUAUUUUAAAAACCAAUCUUGAAAAUUCACAAGAUCCUGUGGUUUUAUAUAUUUUGUUGAUUGAAAAAUAUUCUUUUUUGUGACAAGCUUUUUUGUAUGUGUUUAUUCAUAGACAUAUUUUCAUGCAUAAGGCACAUGCAUUAAUACAAGUCCAUAAAUACCUAUGUACAAAUUAUGUAUAUGUAUAAAAUAUUAUAACCAAAUUUAUAACACAAUAAUUAUCAACUAUGUGACUGCUGAAAAAGUUUUCAAAUAUGAAAAACAGUUUUUAAAACAUAUCAUAGAUGUAAGAGUUAUAGAAUUUUAAUUGUUUUCAAGAAAAAUUUAUGUAUAUAUUUUCAUAAAAAUGCUUUAAAUUAAGUUAAACUUAUUGUGGAUUAUAAUCAAAUAUUGAAACGCAGUUUAAUGUUAAAAAAAAUUAGAAUUUACAUUUUAAAAUAACUUUGUUCAAAUAAGAGACUAUAUUUUACUUCACUAAGGUAGAAAAAUAUUAUAUUUAGAUGCAUAUAAAAUGCAUAUAUCAAAUGUUAAAUGUAAUAAGCAAUGUUUAUGCACAGAAAAUAUAAAUGUACGAUUAAAACAAAACUAAAGCUGAAAAGUAUGUACAUAUAUUUCAAAUAUAAAAUUUAAAUACAAAACUUAUAACACCACAAUUAAGAAGUUAAAAAAUAUUUUUUGAAAUUAUUAACGUAUACAAACAUACCGUUCGUAUGCGUUAAUAGUUAAAUUGUCGCACUGGAGCUAUAAAAAUGAAUUGAAUAUUUCCUUUUAUUUGAAUAAAUUCAUUUUUAAUUAAGAAUGCAAAAGAACCUCUCAUUAUAUUGUCGCUUCAAUAAAAUUUUCUAAUUUCCAUAGAUUAUUCCAUAAAAUCCACUUUCAUUAACAUUUUGCCGUGUUUCGGGCCUCUGUACCAACUUUUAACUAUUAUCUUAUUGUGACAUGUACAAUCAAACAGUUUAGUCAAAUAAACUCAAACAUUAAAAAAACUCAACCUUUAAAAUGUUAUACAUAUGUAUGUACCUGUGGCACCAAUAAAUAGCGGCAAAAGUCAAAUUAAGAAAAAGCAGUUUAAUCAUUCAAAAAUUUUUAUCUUAAAAAUUUCUUAUAAAAUAUUUUGACAAGAGUCUUCUUUUGGAUGGAGUCUGGAACAAUCACUUUACAUGAAGACGUGUAAUAUAAACAUUAUGAAAUUGUUGAAAAAAUUAAAUUUGAAAAAGUUUGUAAUUUACGAUUUUAUGUUUGUAAUUAUUACUGAUACGAGUACUACCAUAAAUUAAAAAAAAAAUUUUUUCUUAUUUAA